AUGCUUCUCCUUUUGUUAAAGCACCAGUCAUUUGGGCUCUCCGCCGCGCCAAUGAGUGGUGGGAUGUGGCCAUCCCAGGAGUCACACACACACAGUGGGUGCCCAAUUUCAGAGUGUCAGAGGAAACAUUUUCAUACCUUUGUGCAAGGCUACGUCCAGCAAUGGAGAAGCAAAGCACCAACUUCAGAGCCAGUUUGCCUGUGAGGAAAAGAGUUGCCAUUGCACUGUGGAAGCUGGCUACCAACAGUGAAUACAGACGUAUCGGUCAUCUUUUUGGUGUCAGUAAAUCAUCAGUGUGCCGGUGUGUGCAGGACUUCUGUAAGGCUGUCUGCACAUUGUUAGUUCAUGAAAUUAUUCAUUUUCCGGACAGGGAAAUGCUUAAAGACAUGGCUGACUACUUUGAGAAUAGGUGGGGCCUUCCACAGUGUGUUGUGCUAUUGAUGGGUCACACAUACCAAUAA